UAGCAAACUCUGCGGUCGAGUAUCGAGAACAAUGAAGCUAAUGGUGCGACUUCAGUUCGUCGGUCUGGUUUUGGCGAUCGUUAUUCUGAGAGAGAUUCGGGCACGUGAGCCGAUCACCAUUCCAGAUGUGGGUCAGAUCAUCAAAGAUCUCGACGGACUGCAAAUCGAUGGAACCGCGAUCGAGCGAGGUGCCCCCUGCAGAGUGGACAUGCAAAAGGACCUCCCGCCCGCGGACAAGGUGCAGCCCCUCUACCUCCGCCCCGGCACGGAUCUCUACUGGCUGCCCAACGAUGAUGGACAGCUGGAGGUUCCCCGCGGUGCCAUCAUCGAGUUGCACUGCAGCCAGCCAUUCGCCCCCGCGAACGGGGAGUCCUUGGAUGCCGAACUGCGCUCCAUUCGCGUGAAGUGUGUGCAGGACACCAUCUUUGAGUGGUCGGGGGCGAAAAUCAAAUUCCGCGACUUUGUCUGCAGCCACUCCAUUCCCUACACCGUGGAGCAAUUGGACAGGCGCUGCGGGAAGGACGCCACCUCGUUCCAGUAUCGCGUGGGCUACGACAUUGGAGAUGGCAGAUUUGUGGCCACCAUGGAGCUCUGCCACGACCCCGAUCACCUGCGCACCCACUACGCCCGCCACCAAAUGACUCCCGCCAAUGUGCAUUUCCAAAAGAACGUUAAGCGCCUGAAGUUCAGCACCGCCGGCCAUUUUACGGGCUUUGACAUGGCCAGGAUUUAUUCGCACAAGAGCCAGGAGAAAUUGUUAACGGCAGCGCCGGGUCUCAUCGAUGUCAAGGCCGGUCUGUUCCUGGCCCGCGGCCACCUGGCGGCCAAGGCGGAUCUGAUCUUUGCCAGCCAGCAGAGGAGUAGCUUCAACUACGUGAAUGUUGCCCCGCAGUGGCAGAGCUUCAACGGUGGGCAGUGGGCCGUUUUGGAGGACUCGACACGACGAUAUGUGGCCAGGUCGGGAAUCUCGGCCACCGUGUAUACGGGCACAUUUGGCGAAAUGAAGUUGGCCGGCAGUCGAACCCUUCACCUGACCACCGAUGCCAAUAACAGGGGAAUGGUCGCCGUUCCCCAGCUCUUCUAUCGCGUUCUCAUCGACAACGGGAAUCCGACCCGCGGAAUCGCUUUGCUGGGCGUGAACAAUCCACACGCCACCAUGGCCCAGAUCCACGAGUCCUACAUCAUCUGCGAUCCCGUCGAGGAGCAGGUGGAGUGGCUGGGCUGGCUGCACAAAAGCAACGCCAAGGGUAACCUGAAGAAGGGCUAUCUAUAUGCCUGUUCGGUGGCCGAUUUGGCCAUGGCUGUCGCAGAACUGCCACGCCCCCUUCUCCAGGUGGACCAGCUGCUCACAUAGAUGCGGGCGGAGGUGUGGUUCGGCAUAGGUUUACUUCUAAUCGAGUGCAAUAAAGACUGAGUGGAUUGUGUGUCACGGA